AUGGCGUCCAACAUUCUCACAGAGCUACUUAGUCGCAAUGAGAAAGUUGCACAAGCAUAUAAAACUCCUCUCCCAUUAUUAGAUAUGGUUCCCGCAGUCCGCAAAUCCGGAGCUGGCGCAAUUAUCUUGAGCUGUUCUGACCCACGUUUAAAUCCCUACGCAAUCUUUGGCAUCGAUCCAAGCAUUAGAGGAGUCACAAUGAUCCGCAAUGCCGGCGGCCGGGCAAUUGAUGCUAUCAGAACUAUAUCUAUUCUUCAGACCAUUGGGCACACGAAAACGGUGAUUAUCAUGCACCAUACUGAUUGCGGAAUGACACACUUUCACAAUGCUGAUAUCAGAAAGGCUUUGUUAGAGUUUGCACCCCAGGAGAAGGAAACGAUUAACGCAGCAAAUUAUGGCGAGAUUACUGGAUCAAUUGAAGACAGCGUUAAAGAAGAUGUAGAACUAGUUAGUUCUUCGCCUUUCAUCCGGCCUGGGACAACAAUUGUGGGAUUGAAGUUGGACAUUUUCACUAACGUAAUUAUAAAAGUUACUGAAACUAAGCUUGCCGAGCAGUGA